GACGCGUUCCGCGGCCGCCGCCGGCCGGCCCCACGUGGUGGUGCGGGAGCGUCGCGGAGCGGGGUCUGCACACCCGGGCGGCCUCUCCGGGCCCGACAUGAACCCCUUCGCCUGGUACCCGCCGCCCCCGCCGGGGCUGCCUCCGCCGGGCAUCCCCCCGCCCUUCUUCUGCCCGCCGCCCUCCUGGGACACGAGCUUCUGGGCUGCCCCCGUGCCCUACCCGCCGCCCGACGGCGCCUACGCGUCCGCCGACACCUACUCGCAGCCCAAGAGCUACUCCCAGCCCGCCGAGUCCUACUCGCAGCCCGCCGACAGCUACUCGGAUCCCGCCCAGAGCAUCCCUCCCGCCGACAGCUACUCCCAGCCCGCCGAGGGCUACCCGGCGGCUCAGAGCUACCCGCAGCCCGAGGGCUUCCUUCCCCCUCCCGGCUACACCGCGCCCGCCGCCUGGUUCCCGCCGGCCUACGGAGCGCGCCCGCCGGGCCCGCACCACGGCGGGAAUGGUAAUUUCUCCCAGAAACGGCAGGGCAAGCAAGCGCCUACAUUUAGUAAACAUUGUCCGGAAGAAAAUAACAAGCCAAAGACCAGAAAAAAAAAAGAGCCAGUUUUCUCUCAUUACUGUGAUACCUGUGACCGUGGCUAUAAAAACCAGGAGAAGUAUGAUGAACACAUUUCACAGCAUAAACAGUGCUCAGAAGAAGGUUGCAAUUUCAGUGCCCAUGAGAAGAUCGUUCAGAUACACUGGAAGAAUGCACAUGCACCUGGUGCUAAAAGAAUAAAAUUAGAUAGUCCAGAAGAGAUUGCUAGAUGGAGAGAAGAAAGAAAAAGAAAUUUUCCUACUUUGGCAAACAUUGAAAGGAAGAAGGAAAUGCAGACACAGAAGGAGGAAAGGGGAGAAGUGCUGACUACCCAGCAGUUUGGCAAAAUGAAGGGGAUGUGGAAACCUCCAGAAAAUGGAGAGGCUCUUGGGCAUCAACGAAGACACAGGAGAAGACAAUGGCGCCCAUUCUGGAAGAAAUUUAAGAAAAAUGGUGGUGAUUAUCAUGGACCUAGACCUCAAAAUGAAGCCAAUGGACCAGAAAACAGCACAUGUGAAAAGGAACAGGAAAAGCAAAAUGCUUUGGCAGACCAAGCAUAUGAGAAAGACAUGGACCCUCUUGGUCUCCUGGCAAAUGGAGAUGUCGAAUCUGACAAGGAUGAGGCAGCUGAGGAAGAUGGCAGACUGGGAAGGACGGUUGUCCCCAGGCAGGUGACCUCUGCCCUUAGCGCACUGUCGGUCAACUAUGGCAGCGCAUCCGACAGCGAGCCCGAAGAAAUCCCUGUCAAGACUGCAACAAAAGCUGAGAAAAACCAGGCUGUGCUCAGGAAUACACCUCAAACUACUCCUGCUCCUCAGAGUCGGAAACCAAAUCAAAAUCACCCAGAAUGCGCAGGCACAACGUUAAGGAGCUCGAAUUCAAAUGCACGUCCCCCCAGAAGGCCUGAUAAGCGGGGCAGGAAAACAUUACCUCGCCUUCCCAAGCGCCGUCCAACUCUGCUGGAAAUGUUACUGGCCCAGGACAUCCGACAUGAAAGGAAUGUGAUUUUGCAGUGUGUUCGAUACCUCAUCAGAAAUAACAUGUUUGGACUUCAUUUUAAAACAGAACCACAGGCUGAAGCAGAAACAGAACAGUCUUCUACAGCUAAAGCAGAGCCUUCUAUGGAAAAACCUGAUGAAUCUAAUUGUUCUUGUAGCUCUGACCUUCAGUUAGAAGGAGGACAAGAAGAUGCAUUAUUAAUAGCCCAGGGUGAGAAAGAACCUGUGGAUCAGACUUCACAGAUGGCUCAGUUGGCAGAUGAGGACACGUGGGAAACCCCAUCAAUUCAGUGUGAAGGAGCACCAUAGAGGAUGUCUGUUAUGGACAGUAAAGGCUCACAUUUUCUACCCAACUGAUGCUUUUUGAAAGUCAUCAGUGUAACAAAGUCAUUAAAGUACAUACUGAGAACUGUUAAAACCACUUUACUGAUCUGUUCUGCCCUAGGUGGCCAUUUCCUUGGAAAACAUGUCGAGUAAUUCCAUUUCCACAUGGCACAAAGGCAUCAGUGGCACAAAGUAUGACCUUCCCUAGAGCAGAUGCAGAUCCCUGCUCUAGAGCUUCAGAGUUCCAAGUGUCUUCUUAUGAAAUGUGUGUGAGUCCAGCCCCAGAGCCAAGUAGGAUGGAUUUUCUUCAUGUGAAGUUAUGGACUGGUGUGUGUAGAGUAUAUUGAGUGUCCAGAAGUAUUUCAGUGUAGUUUGAAAAUAGUAAUUCAGUGCACACAUUGUUUCACUUCAGCUGUCAUAAGAUACAUCUAAUAUAAAUCUAAAAUAGCUAGUGUAAAAUAUGGAAGAUAUAAUUGACCUAGCUGAAAAAGUACUGCUUGUCCCUGAAUUAAGUUGCUAAUUGAGCAGAGGAAUUUAAAUGAGGGUGCAGGUUUUAUUUAUUUAUUAAAAAAAAACCAAACAACAACUUGCAUCAGUGCUGGGUUGCUGGUUGAGCUCAGGUGUCCAAUACUGAGCUUUAACUUCUGUUACAGUUAUUGCCUGACAAGUUAACUGCUGAAGCAAACCCUCAAUAUAAUUAUCAAAGUUUAGAAAGCUUUACCAAGAGUUACUGGUUACCUUUUGCAUAUACAUUGGGAAUUUAUUAGUUGGCCUUCUGGAAGAAUGCCUUGGUAUGUUGUUACGAUGCUCCUACAGCACCCAGCAAUUGAUUUUCUUCAUGGGUUUGUGCAUACAUCCGUAGUGUUGUGAGCACUAAAAAAUAAGCAUCAGCCAAGGUUUAGAAACUAAAUUUAGUCUUUUGAUUAUAUUGUGUGUUUGUUUGUCAGAAUGCUUCUUAUCAAGGGCAGGUAUUAGUUUGUCCCAUUGACACUGAAAACACUCCACAAAAAUAAUCUAUUCUCGAAACCUCCACUUUAGAAUCUGCACUUUGUCUUUUAGUCAUGGUUAAAUGUUGCAGUUAACUCUCAGGGACUGGCUUUAUUUUCUUUUUCUUUGCUAGAAGUCUAGCCUUCCAUUCCACCACCUGAAAGAAGGAUACUCAUAUGGGGCUUUUUUAUUGCCUAAUAGCUAUAUUUUCUUUUCUGUAGUUCCUUAACUUGUGCCACACAUCUCAUUUGUGGAGUAUAGGAAACAAGAAGUAGUUGAAAAUUCUAUCCUGCUGCUCUGCUAUUUAUAACUACAACUGCAUAUUGUGUUUGUAAUGCACUGUCUAAAUUUAUGGAAUUAUAUAAAUACCAACACCCUUGUAAAAGUUGUGUGUCUCAAGGAUAUAUGUGCAGAAUAGAAGCAGUGAUCAUAAACAUUUAUAUUUCCAAGGCAGAUGAUUCAUUCUUCCCAUGAUGAUCUCACGAGCCAUCUCAAUCUCACUGACUUGCCUCUGGCUCUUACAGCUUUACUGCAAUGAAAAUACCAACAAAGAACACUCAGCCACGGAGAUCUGGCACUUGAGCAGAACCUGGUCUCGGAGUGGAGUGGUACCAGUGCUGUUGAAAGCAUAAGUGACAGCUGCGGGAAAAGAAAUGGAUGUCUUAAAUUUGCUAUUAAAUUGCACUUUAAACAACCCUGUGUCCUAUCAAGGUGAUGGCAGAGCUUUCUUUGACUGUACCCCUAGACUUUGUGUUUAAAAAGAUAGAACCUUUACCAAGAAUUCUUUAUACUGUUGUCUUUAUGACUUAAGACUAUUAAACUUUCACACAAAACCAAAAA